AUGUCGACCAGAGCAUCGAUCGACGGCAAAAUACCAUUGCAACACGUGGAAGACGGACCCCCGAAUGACGACGCAACAAACAGCCAGACAGGCACAAAUUGGAGAUUGAAAGAAGACGCCUAUCUGACCGCCGAGGAUGAGCAUGGCACUGCCUUCCCUCAGGCUGUCCAACGCUUCCCAAAAGCCGCCUUUUGGUCGGCCGUUCCUAGCUUGUGCAUUGUCAUGGAAGGGUACGACAUCGCUUUGAUCAGUACACUAACUCGAAGACAAUAUGGGCAGGAAGUUGGAAACUCAGUGAAAUAUUAG